AUGUUGGAUGAGCGGCCCACGAAAACGAUGCGGACGGAGUGUGGCACCAAACCCGUCAGCACCAAAGAAUUUCUACAGACAGGUGUGGCGGAAGGUCCCUUCAGCGUACUUGACAGCGCAAUGCGAAACGGGACCCGUGUCUUCAUUCAGUCACGCUUUAACAAAUCCCUCGUCGCUACGGUUGUUGCUUUCGACAAACACUUCAACCUCAUCCUCCGCGACGUGGUGGAGCUAACAAUGGUCAACAAUGAGCAGAAGGAGCGGUCUAUACGCAACAUGUUCCUGCGCGGAGGGUCGGUGGUGUUCAUUGUCAAGCUGCCGCAGAAUGCGGCGUAG